CCACGCCCUUUGUUGUUGAUUGUCCCCUCCCUCAUUCGAUUUCGACUUCGUCGAAUUCGAUUUUUGAACGGUAGCCAUUACGCUCUCCGUUUUAUACAAGGUUACUGUCAAAUCGAUAUUUGUUUGGGAGACGUGGCCGAUGUUUAACUGAUAAGAAACUUAUCAAUCGAACAGUACAAUUAGAAUAGUCUACCUUACAACUAGUGAAAAUCGGAUAUCGAAAGAAUCAACCAUGUUGAAGGCAGUUAUAUUAAUUGGAGGACCUUCGAAAGGAACUCGUUUUCGCCCACUAUCCCUGGACAUUCCCAAGCCGUUGUUCCCCAUCGCUGGUCUUCCAAUGAUCGAACACCACAUCAAGGCCUGCUUGAACAUUAAAAAUCUCAACGAAAUCCUAAUAAUUGGAUCCUACAAUGCCAGCGAACUCCAGAGUUUCGUCAAGGAAAUGACGGAUAGUUACGGAAUAAGCAUACGUUAUCUCCAGGAGCUCACAGCCCUAGGUACAGCCGGUGGGAUCUACCACUUCAGAGCUGAGAUAAGAGCUGGUGAUCCUGAUGCUUUUUUCAUAAUGAAUGGUGACGUCUGCGCAAAUUUUCCACUGAGUGAAAUGCUGGAGAUGCACAUUAAAACAUCAGCUGUCCUGACAGUGAUGGCAACCGAGGCAACGAGACAACAAUCGUUGAAUUAUGGUUGUAUAGUCCCGAGCAAAGAGGACUGCAGGCAAGUAGUUCAUUACGUGGAGAAGCCCUCGACGUUCGUCUCGACACUCAUCAAUUGUGGGGUUUACCUCGCAUCCCUCGAUAUCUUCCAGUUCAUGGCUGAUGUAUUCGAUGCUAGGCAUAAACAGGAUAAAUCCAUGCUAAUGAACGGCAAUGGGAAAGACCCUGCAUAUAUUUCCCUGGAGCAAGACAUUUUGACUCGAUUGUCAGAGACUGGAAAGUUCUGUGUAUUCCAAACAUCAAAUUGGUGGUCUCAGGUUAAAACACCAGGAGCAGCUAUCUAUGCCAAUCGACAUCAUCUGGCUGUUUAUCGUUCCAAGGAAUCAGAACGUCUGCUGCCGCCCGUUAGCGGCCAGUGUCAGAUUAUUGGGAAUGUUUUUAUUGAUGCCUCUGCUGUUAUUCAUCCUACGGCUACGUUGGGCCCAAACGUCAGCAUCGGGCCAAAUGUAAGGCUUGGAGCUGGGGUGAGGAUUCGUGAGUCAAUUGUCCUCGCUAAUUCGCAAAUUCAAUCCCAUUCGAUGGUACUUCACAGCAUCAUUGGACGUGGCAGUGUUGUUGGGGAAUGGGCAAGGGUUGAAGGCACCCCUUGCGAUCCCGAUCCCGAUAAACCAUUCGCAAAGAAGGAAAAUCCACCGCUGUUCAACGUCAAUGGAAAGCUUAAUCCAUCGAUUUCAAUUUUAGGCGAGAGUGUUACAUUAGCAGCUGAGAGAAUCCUCCUGAAUUCCAUCGUACUACCGUAUAAGCAGUUGACCAGGGACUUGAGAAAUGAAAUUAUUCUUUGAGAUUUUAUUUAAUUUUUUUCCGGGAAGAUUACGGAACAGGAAUAUCGAGGGGUUCUAGGUGAAUUCAUCCCACGAUAAUUUCAAAUUACAAAUUAAAAUUAAAAUUUUUAAACUUCGCACAAUGUUUACAAUUAAUUAUUCGUAUAAUGUGUAAUAAGUUUUUCAAUAAAUGCUCAUAAUUCGACUUUAA